AUUGUGACUGCGGUUGUCAAACAAUUCUUGCGUGUCGUGUCGGGUGUGUGCAGUAUCGAGUUCUGGCCGUAACUACUUCUGCUAAAAGCGAACGCGUUUGUUUUUGUUUUAUUCAGAGCUCGCAAACAAGGCCGAUCCAGGGUACAAUUUUUGCUGUUUCACGGACGGACCAGGAAGGACCACGGAGCAACGGAAAGAGCCACAUUAAAAUGGCUUUGAAUGGCUUUGGUCGGCGUGUCAGUGCGUCUGUCCUUUUAAUCGCCUUGUCGCUGCUCAGCGGAGCGCUGAUCCUGCCGCCGGCUGCGGCGCAGCGUGACGAGAACUAUCCACCGCCGGGCAUCCUGAAAUUGACCAAGCCCUUCCACGACGCGUGUGUGGAGAAGACCGGCGUCUCCGAGGCUGCCAUCAAGGAGUUUAGCGAUGGCGAAAUCCACGAGGACGAGAAGCUCAAGUGCUACAUGAACUGCUUCUUCCACGAGAUCGAAGUGGUGGACGACAAUGGGGACGUGCAUCUGGAGAAGCUCUUCGCCACAGUGCCGCUCUCCAUGCGCGACAAGCUGAUGGAGAUAUCCAAGGGCUGCGUCCAUCCCGAGGGCGAUACGCUGUGCCACAAGGCCUGGUGGUUCCACCAAUGCUGGAAGAAGGCCGAUCCCAAGCACUACUUCUUGCCGUGAACCGAGUGGCCGAGCCUGUGCCAAGGACCAAACGUUGCCGACCCCGCUCUAUUUAUGUGGUAGCUUAGUUUCUGCUAGUUUUCAAUAGCUGUCGAGUAAUAAACGUAGACGAGUUGUGCAUGCAA